AUGAAAGCCGCAGCCCGCAAAGAAGAUCUACCUGGCGUUAAGAAGACGGAUAUCGAGAUCCCUGUAAAAGAUGGAGACACGAUUCCGGCUCGCAUGUACGAGAAGCAAGAUUCCUACGAAGCUGGACCUUUGGCUGUUCUGAUCCAUGGUGGCGGCUGGUGCUUGGGUGGGCUGGAGGGCGAUGAUGUAGUAGCUCAGCGCAUGGUCCUGAGAUUAGGGGUCACUUGUGUGAACCUCGAUUAUAGGCUGGCUCCAGAACACAAGUUCCCGACGGCUGUCUACGACUGCUUCCAUGGUACGAACUGGGCAGCACAAAACGCUAGCAGGUUCAAGGCAGACCCCUCGAGAGGUUUUAUCCUGGUUGGAGCUUCUGCCGGAGGUAGUUUGGCGACUGUGGUUGCAUUGAUGCGUCGCGAUGCCGAUAUGCAGCCACCGUUGACAGGUCUCCACCUGCUAUUCCCCACUCUGGUACAUCCAGACCAUGUUCCAGAGCAGUACAAGGCGGACUGUAGAUCGUGGGAGCAGAACAAAGAUGCUCCAAUCAUGCAGGCCUCUGUUCUUCGCAUGGUCAUGGAUUACUAUGUCGCUGAAGAGGACCGACAGAACCCCCUGUUCAGUCCUCUUCUUUGGCCGUCGGGACAUGGUAGACUGCCGCCUUGCUUCCUGCAAAUCUGUGGCGUGGACUUGCUCCGUGAUGAGGGCCUGGUCUUCGAGAGGGUCCUGCGUACAUCGUACGGCACUCCGACGAGACUUAACGUAUACCCAGGCAUGCCCCACGGAUUCAGCGGGAUGUUGCCAAAGAUGGAGACGAGUAAACAGUUUGAGAAAGAUCGGAUGACGGGAUACGAUUGGCUGUUGAGUCGACGGCGGGCGUCGUAG